UCUAGGCCAUUCUUUGGCAUCUAAGGACUCUGUGGUCACAGUGGACCCGGUGCCGGGUCCCGCGGCCGCGCACGCCGCGCACGCCGCGACUAAUGCGAGGCGAAGAAAAGGUUUUUUUCUCCGCUUUCAGAACGUUUUGUUCUCCGAUUGUGAUUAUGAGAUUAGAGAGAAGAAGGACAACAGGAAAAUCUUCAUUUGAGCGUCAGAGGAGAUAAAACGCAGAAGUGAAUUCGAGAAGGCGUCGUGUCGCUGACUCUCCCGGGAGCCGCGCGUUUGGCUCAGAUGGCGCCAGAGGCUGACCUGCGCGUGUCGGCGCCCCGCUCGCUUCUGUCCUUCGCGCUCCUCAGCUGCUCUGCGCUGCCCUCAGCCCAGUUUACUGUCGUGGGGCCAGCUGACCCAGUCCUGGCCAUGGUGGGAGAAGACACCAUGUUCCACUGCCACCUUUCGCCCGAGAAGGACGCGCAGCGCAUGGAGGUGCGCUGGUUCCGCGCGCAGUUCUCCCGGGCGGUGCUCGUGUCUAAGGGCGGACGAGAGAAAACGGAGGAGCAGAUGGAGGAGUACCGGGGAAGGACCACCUUUGUGAGCGAACGCAUCAACACCGGGAGCGUAGCGCUCGUCAUCCGCAACGUCACAGCCCACGACCACGGCAUCUACCACUGUUACUUCCAAGAAGGCAGAUCCUACGACGAGGCCAUCGUGCGCCUGAUGGUGGCAGGUGUGUCCUUUCAUUUUGCUGGGUUGCUUUUCCGGGUGACCCUUAGAAAAGUUUCUCUCCUAACCUCAGGCCCACUGCAGCCCAGCAGAUUUUAAAACAGGGAAGGUGGCGGGGCGCCUGGGUGCCUCAUCGGUGAAGCGUCUGC